AUGAGUUUUUUUAACGAACCUUAUGAUGUUCAGCUCAUUCUAGGACUAACUCUCGUCGGAGUUCCAGAUUCAUGGGAUGAUGAAAAGUUGGCUGGGUAUAUGAAAAGUUACAGCUACGCUUUUGGGUCAAAUGAAGUCUCAAUAAUGUCAGUUUUUAUAGAAAAUGCAGGUAAAUCGGAACGUAAAGCACACAUCACUUGCAAUAAUCUCUACUCGAAACAAAAAUUACUGAAGAUAAGAUUGAUUCCGGUGAUCUGCGGUGAAGAGAGUAAAUUUUGCCAAAUAAUUACUGUUAGGCCCUACUGUUUUUGGAUGUCGUUUAACCCUGAUUCUUACCCGGUGCCUUACAUGCUUCCCAAGUACGGAUCACAGGACCUCUCCUAUGAACUCGUCGAGGCGAAGAUGUUAUUACACAAAAACAACAUUCAUCCGUCAAUUGUUACUUGCCUUAUGGAACUCAAUUUAUUGCCUAAAGAUGGAGGGUAUUGGAGUGCGUCAGAGGCGAUAGUAAUUUGGUUAGGUUUAAAAGAGGAAAAUCCGACAUUGUACAACUUUUUGGAGGAGAUGUUGUCGAAGAUAAAGAUGACGGCAUCUACCUUUGAGCCCUACCCGUACGAAGUCGACGACGAACUAGUCUACGCCCCAAGAUGGGAACAACUCUUAAUACAAUACAACAACGAUUUCCUCUGGCCUUGGGAAGAUAUUAAUACAUACAAUAAAUUACACAUUAAACCAAAAGGUUGUAUAAGGUAUGAAAGUAGUAGGAAGCGUUGGGUAGUUGACUUGUCAUUAGAGGGUCGAAGACUUCAGAAAUGCUUCCACGAGUCGUACUACGGGCUUGUCGGGGGUUUAGCAGAGGCACUCAAGUGGCGUUUGGAGUACCUAAGGAACAGAAACAAGGAACCAACAGCGGAGUCUGAACUUAAAAGUAUCUCCGACGUGUUGGACAAAGUCUUUCAAAUCGACGUCGACAACAGCCAAAAAAUGCUCCUCAUUGAGGUCUUAAAGAGGCCAGUCGAGGGCUUCGAACAGGUCUGUCCAAGGGAACAAAUCGAGCAACUCAUAGCAGAAAAAAUACAAAGGAAAGAUAACUCAUAUAAUUUUUUAAAUUGA